UCUUGAUCUCAAACAAGAAGAGUCUAACAGCUCUCCAAUCGUCGCCAUCAUGAAGUACUCCACCGUUCUCCUCGCCGCCGCUGGCCUCGCCGCCGCUGCCCCCUCAAACAUUUCCCCCAGGUUUGGUCGCCGCAACGGCGCCCACUCUCUUCCCAACCAGAGGAACACCAAGUACCCCCAGUACUCCUCCAACUGGGCUGGCGCUGUCCAGAUCGGCAAGGGCUUCAACAAGGUCACCGGCACAAUCACAGUCCCCCGUGCUUCGGGUGGUGCCAAUGCUGCCGCCUCGGCCUGGGUGGGAAUUGACGGAGAUACAUGCCAAACCGCCAUCCUCCAGACUGGUGUCUCUUUCUACGGUGAUGGCAGCUUCGAUGCCUGGUAUGAGUGGAUUCCCGACUACUCGUACAGCUUCUCCGGCUUCAACCUCAAGGUCGGCGACGUGAUCCGCAUGACCGUCGAUGCCACGUCCAAGACCAAGGGCGUUGCCACUCUUGAGAACCUCACCACCGGAAAGUCUGUUUCCCACACCUUCACCAACACUCCCUCGACCCUUUGCGAGACCAACGCCGAGUGGAUCGUCGAGGACUUUGAGGAGGGCAGCAGCCUCGUCCCCUUUGCCAACUUUGGCUCCGUCACCUUCUCCAACGCCACUGCUUCUGGCUCCUCUGGCACCAUCACCCCCAGCGGCUCCACCAUCAUUGAUAUCGAGAGCUCUUCGGGCAAGGUCCUGACUGACUGCUCCGCCAGCAGCAGCGGUGUCACCUGCAACUACACCGGUUAAAAGGUCAGCUGAAGGAUAAGACGACGUAAAAGGAAAAAAAAAAGGAGGAUAAAUUUGGAAACGACAAAACGGGAUAUAUACUUGUUUUGCAGAAUGGGAGAACUGUGGAAGUGCUAUGGUGCAUGCACUGGUUGAAAGACGAGUAAGCGCAUCACUCGAUUGAGUAUAUAUUUUCUUCUAUAGUUAAUAUAUUGGACCCCAGUUUUGUAUAA